AUGAUGUUUUUAGAUAGCCAAGGAUGCCUCCCACUUAUGGUACAAUGUUUUAUUUGCAAAAAAAUUUUAAAUAAUCCAAAAACAUUAAGAUGCAGCCAUUCAUUUUGUUGUGACUGUUUAGAAUUGGCAUAUUCAAAACCAUCAAGACAAUAUCAUUGUAGGGUUUGUGGCGACAAAGCAAAUUCAAACGAAGUCUGGACGAAUGAUCAAUUAAUAAGAUGUAUUAACGAUAUAAAAAAUGGCAUUAUUCACCCAAAUCAAUCUAUGAAUGGGCAUUCUCAAUCACCUAGAAACCACUAUAACCCAUCAUCAAAUCAAUCAUCCUCAAAUGCGUCACCUUUAUCAUCAUCCCAACAACAACAACAAAAUACACAAUCAAAUGCGGUAUCACCAAAUCAAAAUCAAAAUAAUACUCAAUCGCUAACCGUUGGCAGUCCUUCAUUAAGUGCAAAUGGUUUACCACAGUCACCACGUUCAUUAUCAGGCGUUCACCCACUUCUUCCCCAUCACUCAUCACCCAGUUUAAUGGGAAUUUCUUCUCCGAUCGGAUCACCAAUUCCAUCACCAUUUUUAAUGGGCCAACAAUUAUCACCAAGAGUUGUCCCACCAAUGCCCCUACUGGCUCCACCAUUACCUUUAAAUCCAUUGUCACUAAUGCAAUCAGAGAGUAUCAAUAUCAAUGGCUCCAAUGGUGGUAAUGUCGGCACAAGUAUCUCUGGUGCAAGCACUGUAAAUAAACAAUUCAAUAAUAGUAGUCACAACAACAUUAGUGCUAGUCCACUUCAACACUAUCAAAAUGGCAAUCAAAUGAAAUCACCUCAAUUAAAUAGUAGCAACAGUGUACCACAUUCACCAUCAUUUCAAGGAAAUGGACAUGAUCAACCUUUCCAAUCACACUCUCCAAAUAUUUUUGGUGGAUAUAAUUAUAGUCCAGUACCAAACAACCAAGCUCCACCAAAUUAUGUUUCAAAACAACAACAGCAAACUCAAUCUAAUCUUUUGCAAUCAAGCCCACGUUUGGCACCCAACCAUUUUAACUUAUCAAAUGAUCAAUCCUCAUCAACUCAACAUAUGCAAUCACAUCAACAAAAUCUAUAUAAUAAUAAUAUAAUUUCUAACCUAUCAAACAAUGAUAAUAUAAAUAAUAAUAUAAUUAUCAACAAUAACUUAUCAUUCGAACAGCAACAAAUUUUAAAUAAUAAUUUAAUUUUAAUUAGAAACAACGAAUGUCUAAUUCAUUUAAACUCUGAAUCACAGUUCUAUUGCUUCGACUGUUCAAUUGGUAUUUGUAACAACUGUUUAAAUGAUCAACACUAUGGUCAUAUGGUUCAACCAUUAAUUGAAAUCUUUAAUGAUAUGAAUAAAGAAAGCAGAGCCUUCAAAUCAAUUCUUGGUAACAUUCGUAACAAACUACACAUCCAAAAAGAAAUUGGUGAACAUAUCUUAGCCUCUCCAACAGAUAUUAAUCAACAAAAAAAUAGAAUUAAAAAUAAAAUCACAACAAUCACUCAACAAAUUUUAAAUCAAAUCGAUAAUGACUUCAAUGAAUAUAAGAAUUCAAUUGAAAAAAGAAAAAAAAUAAUUGGUCAAAUGAUUAGCGAAGUGGAUGACUACAUUCGUUUUGAAAAUAAUAAUAAUAAUAGUAACAUUAAUGGCAAUAAUAAUAGUAAUAAUCCUGAUCAAAUAAAUGAACAAAUGGAUAUUUUAGAAUUAAGCUUAGGUUCAAGCAGUGGCAGUGCAAAUAAUAUUUUAUUAUCAUCACCUUCUCAUUCAUCUUCAUCACUAAAAUCAAUAAUGGGUUCACCUAAUGGCCAACAUACUCCAACACCAUCCUCACCUGCAUUAUUUGGUAAUCAAAUAAACUCUUUAACAAACAAAAAAAGAUUAAUUAAUCAAAUGAUACAAACCUCCACUCAAAUUGCAAACUCUCCAAGAGGAAUAAUGUGGAAUUUAGAUUAUGUUGAAAACAAUGAUAAAGAACAAUUAGGAAAAUUAAAUAAUAAUUUUGAAGAUAUAGUUUGUAAUUACAAUUUAAAUAUCAUUAGAAAAUCUAAUUUAAAUACUAAAUUUUUGGUUAGAUUUAUUUAUGCAAUUGGUGGUCAAUCGAAACAAUCAGUAGAGUGCUAUUCAAUUCAACAAAAGAAAUGGAGUUAUGCCAGUCCAAUGAAUUACCAUCGUAAUCGUAUUAGUGCUGUGUUUGACGGUAAACAAUAUAUCUAUGUAUUUGGUGGCGAAUGUCCUGGUGGCUUUGAAAAGUCUGUUGAACGUUAUUGUAUCUUUGAAAACAAAUGGACCAUGGGUAAAGACAUGCCAAGAGAAAGAUCAAGACAUGCUACUGUAUUUGACGGCGAACGUUAUAUCUAUAUUGUUGGUGGUAAAGAUCAAACUUGGUUCUCUAACCAAUUGGAUCGUUUCGAUAUCAUUACACAAGAGUAUGUUCAUCUAAAGAAAAUGAAAAUUCCUCGUAGUGAUUUAUCUGCAAUUUAUGACAGUCGUGGUUACAUUUUCGCCAUAGGAGGUUUCAAUGGAAAGGCAUUAGAUGUCAUCGAACAAUACGAUAUUAAAAACGAUAGAUGGAUCAAACUCGGUAAAAUGCGUAAACAACGUGAUGGUCCAGGUGCUGUUUUCGAUGGAAACAAUUAUAUAUAUGUUAUGGGUGGCAGCUUUGGUGGAAGAAAAAUUUCAAAUAAUCUCGAAAGAAUGAACAUUGAUACAUGGGAAUGGGAAAGCUUGGCCGAUAUGAAGAAACCAAUUGAUGUUCGUAACUCUGCAAUCUAUGAUGGUAGUGGAAACAUUUAUGUUAUUGGUGGUUAUUUCUCCGAAGUUUUAUCCGAAACUCAAUGCUAUAGUAUCGAUAAAAAUGAAUGGAAUUAUUUAGAGCCAAUGAAUGAACCAAGAGAAGGUAAUGCUUUGGUUUAUGCAGAAUUUCAAGUUUAA